AUGCAGUCAAACGACGGCAGCGCUCAAACAGCGAUCGAAACCCCUAGCCCGGCACAGCAAUACAUCGUAAUUCCGGCUAGACGAAACGUACGACAGUUUGGACAGCAUGAUGGGCCAACUGUCGAAGAUUAUUUAAGAGAGGUGAGGUCGGUGUGGAGGACUGGUGCGUUGAGUCGUGAAGACAGACUCGACGUGAUUCUUGACAGUAUAACAAGCCGAGUGAGAAGGGAGUUAAAGCUCCACUCACCCGACGAGGACCCAGAGGAAAUGCUGCAGGUGAUGCUGCGCAUCUAUGGCGAGAAACGCAGCAUGCAAGAGCUGUUAUCGGCGUUUUACUCUACGCACCAGAACCCUCGGGAGAAUCUCCAUGAGUUUUCUCACCGACUACAUCAACUCUACGAGGAAAUCGUCAUUGCCCAGACAAUGCACGGUUUGACACCUUUAAGCGAAAGAUCGCUGAGAGAUCAGUUCGCCAGCCAAAUUAAAGACGAUUUAGCUAGGAGAAUGCUAAAAGAACGACUGCUCCAAGAGCCUAACCUGACUUUUCUUGAAGUCAGAAAAUGUGCCCUUAGGUGGGCAGGAGCGAAAGUAACUGCGCAAACGGAGGUGAGUGCUGUAGAAGCGCAGCAGAACCAGAGACAGAAUAUUCGAGAAGAAAAUGUAGUGGUCAGUGAUAGGCAGUCGAGGCCAGGGGAUUCGGCCAACAGAAGCUCUACAAACAGCGAGAUUGAGUCUUUGCGAAAGGACAUGAAAGAAUUAAAA